CUUGAUAAGUUAAGCCUCUUACACUAAUGCACUCGUUGCGGAGCGAGCAAAUGAUGGCAGCCUCCUCAAUAAUAUACAGAGAUUUAAUCAGCAGUUGCGCAUGAUGAGGACUGCUACUGUGAUCAAGCGGAACAUUACAUAGAAUUAAAAUUAGUAUAGAGCGUUUGGGUAGUGUGGCUCUUAGCACAGUAUGUCCAGAGACAUUGUGGGAACGUGGGACGUGUCGCUAAGCGAUGGGGUUUACCGAAUUGAGUUUGAACAUGGAUCAACAACAGGGAAACGGGUCAUUUACAUUAAUGGGAAGGAGGUGUUGAGGAGGGAUUGGAUGUUCAAACUGGUGGGCAAAGAAAUGUUUCCUGUUGGGAGCACAGAUACAAAAGCAACCAUAAGUAUUGAGGCAAUAACUGGGUUUUCCUAUGAAUACACACUGGAAAUCAAUGGAAAAAGUCUCCAAACAUUUUUGGACAACCGAUCAAAAAUUUCCAAAAUAUGGGUGCUGAAACUGGGUGGUGCUGAUUACAGGAUAGUUCUAGAGAAAGACACUAUGGAUGUGUGGUGCAAUGGACAGAAAAUGGAGACUAUGGGGGAGUUUACAGAGAAUGGAAGCGAGACACACUUUGCAGUGGAGAACCAUGAAUGCUGCAUUAAAGCAACACAUAGUGGCAGGAAACGAAACGGAAUAGUUCAUUCCCUGCUGGUGGAUGGAAUCAGGAUAGAAGAGACCAUUGAGUAAAAUGGAUGCUAACAGAAUUCAACUGUACAAGACAUUUUUUUCUUCUUUAGUGAAUUCAGUAUGAUGGCAUUUGUUCAAAGUAUUUAUUACAAAAAUAUUAAAGGUUUUAACGUAUCUCUAGAAACAUUCAAUCCCAUUUUUUCUUCUUCUGUUUUUAAGUCUAGGGUAAGAUGGGGUAAAAUGCCCAUAAGAUGACUCCUUACUAACAUAUUUUAUGAAUGGCUUGGCUGUUCGUAAUUUUGUAAUUUCACCAGAAUAUCAACAUUUGUA